GCUAGGUGUUUCACGAAGCGUCUUACGUAAACAGCUAGGAGGAAAAGGUUGAUGGUUUCUAUUUUACCAUAUCCGAAGCUAGUGUUCCCAAUGCGGAGAAGGUGAAGCCGAGCUGUCCGAAGCGAUCGAGGAUCACUUCCACCUUAUAAAGAGAGAUGAGCCAGAAGUCGGAGCGCAGGGGGAUCCACGUGGACCAGUCGGAGCUCCUGUGCAAGAAAGGAUGCGGUUACUACGGCAACGCGGCCUGGCAGGGCCUGUGCUCAAAGUGCUGGAGGGAGGAGUACCAGCGCGCCCGGCAGAAACAGAUCCAGGAGGACUGGGCCCUGGCUGAGAAGUUGCAGAGGGAGGAGGAAGCGGCCUAUGCCAGCAGCCAGGGGGCGCAGUCCCAGCCCUCUCUCACUCCCUUCUCCAAAUUCGAGGAGAAGAAGACCAACGAGAAGACCCGCAAAGUCACCACCGUGAAGAAGUUCUUCAGCCCGUCCUCGCGCACCGCACCCAAGAAAGCCCCCAGUGAGAAAGUUGGGAAGGUGUCGGUUGAGCGCCAUGGAGACGCUCUUCUCCGGGACCUGAGGGGCAUGUUUUCUCAGCCCUGGGAGAUGAUGUCACCUGCCGAAGCGCUAGCGGGCAGGCUGAGAGAGUCCCACGAGGGGAAGACCCCCAGCCCCUCCAUCACCCGGCAGUCCAGCAUCGAGACGGACCGGGUCUCCCGAGACUUCGUGGACUUCCUGAAGAACCUGCAGAAGCCGGGCCGGGAGAUCCACAAGCAGAGCCGGGCCUUCAUCGAGAACAUGGCCAACAAGAAGGACCUGGGUGCCGACGAACUGUCGGAGUGCGUCCAGGACUUCUACCAGAACAUGUCCGACCGCCUGAUGACCCACUUUAAAGGGUCCACGGAACGCGUGGAGCGAGUGAUGGACCAGGUCGAGAAGUACAUAAUGACACGCCUGUACAAGAACGUCUUCUGUCCCGAAACCACGGACGACGAGAAGAAAGACCUGGCCACACAGCACAGGAUCAGGGCUCUGCACUGGGUCACUAUUCAGAUGCUGUGUGUCCCCGUCGAUGAGGAGAUCCCUGAGGUGUCAGACAACGUGGUAAAAGCCAUCACAGAUGUCAUCGAGAUGGACUCCAAGCGCGUUCCCCGGGACAAGCUGGCCUGCAUCACCCGCUGCAGCAAGCACAUCUUCACCGCCAUCAAGAUCACCAAGAACGAGCCGGCGUCGGCCGACGACUUCCUGCCCACCCUCAUCUACAUCGUCCUGAAGGCCAACCCUCCGCGCCUGCAGUCCAACAUCCAGUACAUCACCCGCUUCUGCAACCCCAGCCGCCUCAUGACCGGCGAGGACGGCUACUACUUCACCAACCUGUGCUGUGCGGUGGCCUUCAUUGAGAAGCUGGACGCCCAGUCGCUCAACCUGAGCGCCGAGGACUUCGAGCGCUACAUGUCGGGGCAGGCGUCGCCCCGGAAACAGGAGGCGGAGGCGUGGCCCCAGCCGGGCCCUGCAGGGGGGAGGAGCCCCGGGCUGAGCCAGGCGUACCGGAGCCUGGACCAGCUGACGGGGCUGGGGGCGCGGCACGACCGGGUGCUGGAGGGGGCGCGGGGCCUGCAGAGCGACCUGAUCGGCUGGCAGGAGAGCGUGGAGCGGGAGGUGCGGGAGAUCCUGGAGAAGUACCCGCUGGAGAUCCGGCCGCCCGCCUCCGCCAUCGACUCCGACAACGUGGAGAACGACCGGCUGCCCCCGCCGCUCCAGCCUCAGGUGUUCGCUGGCUGACCCCCCCCCCUCUGCCCCGCUGCCCCCCCCCCCCUUGCCCACUGCCCCCCCCGCCGCUCUGCCCCGUCCUGUUAAGCCCCCGAAUGCACGCACCUCUCCCACCAGCACUGGGCAGCCUACUUAAAACCGCUACACUCCGCCAUCUUUUUCCACUUCCACACCAAAAGGCAGAGCAGAUGCUUCCCGCUUACACUCCUGUUUCCUCCCCUGCGGGGUCGCAAGUGUGCAGCGUUGGUCCUAACCCCCCAGAGGGGAAAAAAUACAUAUUCUCGCCUUUGUUUUUCUUUUUAAAUUAGGAGUCAUGUUUUAGAAAUGCCGAGAGAUAUUUGAGUCUGACAUGCUGCUACCCCCCCACACGACACUGCUGUUCUGUACGACACUGCAGAAAUCCCUGAGCUAGAGAUGUACUCAGCUGCCUGCUGUCCUGCAUGUGUGGACCCUGUCCCUGGUCAUGACCGGACCCCAGCAGGGCCUAGUCCCAUUAGCGCCACCCCCCCCCCCUUGUUUCCUGGGGCUUUAAGUACUUCUGCUGUGGGUCAGGGAGCCUUAGAACCAAAGUUCUUAAUCUUUCACUUUGAUGUAAUUUCACUGUCUUAAUUCCCCUUGCACCUGGGGGUGUAGAAUUUAUUCUUUAACUGAGUGCAGUUUGACACCACUAAACACUCACAGGCACCUUUAAACCAUGUAAAUUUUUUGGAUCAGGAUAUCACUUCUAACUGGAGCCCGUGGAGACAUAUUUUCAAUGAUGUUCUGUGUUCAAUUCACUGGUAGCAUGGGCUCUUAAGGGGACAAAAAUCAUGUCAAUUAACCUUGGUUUUAUGAAAAAUGGAUUUUUAUCAUUAUUUAUGUAAACUGUCAAAUACUGACACUGUACCAUUACUGACAAAUGAGUCUGAAAUUUUGGUCAUGAGUUUUUUUGCUUUUACCAGUGACAUCGCAAUGGUCACAAUUCAGCAGGGAAUUAGAUGCACAUAAUUUAAGCCUGUGUUCCAUUAUUCCCAGUUUUAGAGGUCACUGCUGUCUAGUGUGUUUUCCCUGUGUCCGUAAAUCACUGUGUAACUAUAGAGACAAAGCAGCCUGUUAGCCUCCCACUUAAUUUCUGCUGUCAGUUCAUGAAGAGCGCAAAGGCUCAGACGACUGAUACCGGAUCUUCCGUGGUGUGUAGGCAUUGCAUUGAAAGGUCUCUUGUUAGAGGGCAGUGUAAACUAAUCAGAAGAUUUGUUGAACACUUCAAGGUAAUGCAUUUUCAUUUAUGAAAUGUAUAGUAUGAUGAUGUUUAAUUUUAUGUCAUUUUUUUUAUUUAAUUUUCAGCCCAAAAGGAAAAAAAAAAGAAGAGAACUAAUACUAUUAUUGAAAGACUGAACCUCAGACUAUUGAGGAAAAAGCAUUUCAGGGUACUCUCCACCACUGGUGUUUUACAUUGGGUUUCUAGAACUUUCUCUUGCCGUACUUUUCACGUUAAUGUCCAGGCAUCAAGGCUGAUGAUGGUAAAAUUUACAGUUGUAGGUUUUAGGUGAAACUAAUUUUUAAAUGAACCAUGUCUUAAAGAAACACAGUUUUAUGUUACUUCACUGAUAAGUCUAUGCUAAUGCAGUUCUAUGUGGUCUUGCAUAUACCUGAACACAGUUUGUAAAUGAUGUGGAACCUGUUUGUCAAAGGGAAAUUAUAAAAAAUGUGGUUAAUUGAAUAAGCAAACACUAAAACCAAAUAUCUCCCUCACAGAAUCUGAAAUUAGAACCCAACACCUGUUGCUGACACAUAUGAACAACCUCGUAUUGCAGUAAUCAAACAAGGUCUGGUUGUGUGUAAUGCCUACCAGACUGUGUCAUUCCAACAUCAUGCCUGCUCUAUAAAACAGGUAAAACACUAUUGAAAAAAUUCUGCGAAAAAAUUUUCUCUGCAGGUUUUUUCUGGUAACAGGUCUUCGAUAUUAAUAAUUACCUUGGUUUCUCAAUGAAUAUGGCUUGCUGAGUCUUAUCCCCCUGUGAGUUUUGCAGAAAAUGAAGUAUGUUAGUCCUAAAGCUAUGAAAUAUUAGAAUUGUCGGAUCAUUUGGGUUUAAAGAUUAUGGGAGCUUUGCCAGGUUAUAUUGUGUGGUGAAUUGCUACUGUAUUGCUUGGAAUGUUUUAUUUGUCCCUGUGAGGAGUGCUAAUAUGUUCGGAGGAGCAUUACCUUCGUCCAGCCACUAGGUGGUGCAAAAGUUUAGUAUUUGCUGUCUUAAUGAAAUUCGAUCAUGUUGAUUAUCCUUCAUCGUGGGACAAUGGCACAUUAUAAUCUCACCCCUGCUCCCUCCCAGCCUAUGUAGAAAAACGCACACUCCUCAAAUUGCCACUGUAUCUGGUACUCUAGAUUUAGCCCGCCUGCAUCGGUUGAUGAUGGGUCUCUUUGAAAGAUGUAAAAAAUGUAUGUAUAACCUCACAGGUGUGACUUUUAAAUUGAAUGGCUUAGCACAUCGCUAUUUAUUUUUUUAAAUGUAACUUAUGGGGAUAGUGUUGUAUUAUAGUGUCUGGACUGUGUUUAUUUAACUGCGUUUAAAUAAAAUCUCCCCAAAACCA